GCCGGCGCGGUUUGGUAUUGAUGCCCGACCAGCUGCCACCUCUCCUCUCCUUCAUCAUCCAUCACUCACUCAUCUCCGUGGCACUCCCAAGAAGGCCGUCCGGGCAGCCAACCAGUCCACCAGCAGUCGACAAGCCAGCCCACAACAACAGCCGACACCCAAGAUGACUGAUCGAGCAAAGAGGAGGCACGAUGAGUCUGGCAUCGACAUCCCAGAGGAUGACGAUGCGCUUGACUUGACACCAUCAUCCACCACCAGCCACCGGCGGAUGUCAAAGGCGGGGCGUGCUCACUUGUACCACAAGUUCCCUGCCCUUCAAAGGGGCAAGCAGCAACCCCAGGAUGAGGCCAUUGCUGGCGACAAGGAAAACGCCUCCUCGCCCAAAGUCGUGGCCGUCCCCUCAUCCUCCACCACGUCUAGGAGCAGAUCACAGGCCGGGAGAAGUGCACGACCACGACCUGUGACAUCCGCGAGCAACACACGUCGCCCCCAGAAGCAACCGAGGUCAUCCGCCCCUGUGCCAGCAUCGAGAGAAGCUCCCCCGCAACACCAGCCAUCGCAGGAUGUACCGCACUCUGAUGUCAUGUCCCUCAACUACGUCGACGCCAUCUACGCCAAGAACUUGCAACGCGAGGAAAAGUAUCUGCUCAACCCUCGGCCAUCGCGUGGAAUCAACCUUGCCAUGCGCACCGUUGUUAUUGAUUGGAUGAUUGAGAUUCAGGUGAGCUUCAAGCUGCGGGACGAAACGCUGUUCUGUGCUGUGGACAUUCUCGACCGGUACCUGGCAGCCCGCCCCGACGAGCAACGCCACGACUACCAAUGCUGCGGCGCAACAUCCCUAUGGAUCGCAUCCAAGUUUCUGGAGGUGCUUCCCCCAGAGCUUGCAGACUUUGAGUACGUGUGCGCUGGCCUCUACCCGCGACAGGCGUUUAUCGACAAGGAACUCACCAUGCUCACCGCUCUCCGCUUCUACGUGAUGAACGUCACACCACUGGACUUCAUCUCCGUAUAUGCCAUUGUGCUUCAGCUCUCCCUCGAAGGCAUGGCUCUCGCAGAGUACCUGAUCACGUUGCCUCUGCAAGAGCAGCGCUUCUACGGUCUCCGGCCCUCCGUCCGCGGGGCCGCAGCCGUCCACAUUGCUUCAAAGACAUGCGACGGCCCUGGCUGGUCUGAGGACCACAGCGCGCUAUUUAAGCUGGACCACCGGCACAUUAUGCUCGUGGCGCAGCAGCUUCGCGGCCUCGCCAACGAGCGACCGGAGAAGUACAUUAACUGCAGAUCAAGGUUUCUCGACCCGGCGAAGUUUGGCGUUGCUGGGCGCAACCUGCUUGUGUAGAUGCGCAACUCACAACACGCCACCUACAACGCGCUCCAGCCCGUCGCUGUUCAAAUAUUGCAAUUCUUUUUUUUUUCCUUGUACAUACAUAAGUCAACCCGCUGCCGUGUGCAUGUGUGUGUGUGUGUGUGUGUGUGUGCUCUCACGGUCCUUGUCGGCACAACUCAGCAUUGAUGUACAGCUGUCCAACUGUGCAACACCGUGCGUGUCACUGUUAUUGUUUUGCCACAUUGCUCGCUUCCUGCCUGUCGUCACGUCGUUACUUCACACUGCGCACGCACAGCCUUGCUCGCGUGCGCGUGUGUGUUGAUAAUGGGUCAUCGGAUGUCUUUAUGUUAUGAGAAGCUCUAGUCGUCGGUUAGCACGCGAAACCAACGAAAUACACACAACACGCGCUA